ACUUUGUCUGCUGUCAACAAGCAUACACAAAUGAACUGAAUAAAAAUGCAAGUUGAUAUCAGCCAGAAAUUAGUUUUAUCAUGUUUUUUAUUGCAAGUGCUGCUGUUAACAGAUAGAUGACAUCACCCAUUUAAGAACUUCACAGCCUUUUUGUUAGCAUCAGUUAUCAUUGGGUGGUUGUGUGUACAAGUGGUUCAAGCUGUUACUGAAGCUUUUCCAAGAUGACAGGUUCUGGGAAAAUGAAGAAAAAGUAUGCCUCUGGCGAGGCCUCCUGGUACAUGACGCGGAAGCAGGCGCUGGACAAGCUGCAGGUGAACCUGCGCGACUUCCGCCGCCUCUGCAUCCUCAAGGGCAUCUACCCGCGCGAGCCCGUUAAGCGCACGCGCGCCCAGAAGGGCUCCACGGAGAAGAAGACGCUCUACUACAAGAAGGAUAUCCAGUUUUUGCUCCAUGAGCCACUCAUUUGGAAGAUGUGGGACAUGAAGUCCCGGCACAAGAAGAUCCAGAAGUCAAAAGGGAAGCGCGACUUCGAUAGUGUGAAGCGGCUCCACGCAGGCCGGCCAAAGUACGACCUGGACCACCUCAUCAAGGAGAGGUACCCGACCUUCUCCGACGCGCUCAACGAUCUGGACGACCCGCUGUCGCUCUGCUCGCUGUUCGCCAUCAUGCCAGCCAUCACUAAAAUAUCAGACGCGAUCGUGGCCGACUGCCGACGUCUGACGGUGGAGUUCAUGCACUACGUGAUCGAGGCGCGCGCCCUGCGCAAGGCCUUCAUAUCCAUCAAGGGCUACUACUUCCAGGCGGAGGUGCAGGGCUGCGUCGUCACCUGGGUGGUGCCGCACCACUUCGUCUACACGAGGCCGGAGAACGUGGACAUGAAGGUGAUGUCCAUCUUCUCCGAGUUCUACACUACCCUGCUGGGCUUCAUCAACUACCGACUCUACCACACUCUGAACCUCAUCUACCCGCCCAAGCUGGCGCUGACUGGAGCGACGCCGUCGGACGGCUGCCUGUCAACGGCCGAGCUGGAGGCGGAGCGCGUGGCGGCUCUGAACACGCCGCUCGGCCGGCUCCGGCUGCCCGAGCAGCCGGAGGCCGACGACGAGGCCGAGCUGGCGCUGAUGGCGGCCGCCGUCGGCGACGAUCUAGAGGAGGCGCGCCGCCGCCGCCAGCGUACGCGGCGCCUGCAGCGGCUCUUCGACGGGUGCCGCUUCUUCAUCGGCAGAGAGGUGCCCCGGGAGCCGUUCGUGUUCGUGAUCCGCGCACUCGGAGGCACCUGCUCCUGGGAUGCCACGUGCGCUCCGGGCGCCACCUACUCGGAGGCGGACGAAACGAUAACUCACCAGCUGAUCGACAGGCCCGUGCCGGAGGCUUCCAAGAAGUACACGUCCAGGUACUAUGUGCAGCCGCAGUGGGUGUUCGACUCGCUGAACCUGGGUGCUCUGCGCCCCGUGCAGCUGUACUUCCCGGGGGUGGAGCUGCCGGCCCACCUGUCGCCCUUCAAGGAGGAGGAGGUCACCUGGGGCGAGUACGUGCCGCCCGACAAGCUGAAGCUGCUCGGGCAGCUGCAAGAGACGGAGCCGGCUGGGGACGGCGAGGCGCCGGAUGAGAGCGAGGACGAAGGCGAGGAAGAGGAAGAGGAUGAUGCGUCCGAGGAGGCGGUCGAGGAGGACGAGGAUAGCGGCGACGAUGAGCAGGAAGAGAUGGAAGACGAGCCAUCCGAGCAGUCGGCAAAGGCCAAGAUGAGGGUGACACCGGGUAAAAUCGAGCAGGUCAACGACAAGAAGGAAAAGAUUAAGGAGAGCAAGGAGGACUUCUGGAUGCGUGCGCGCAUGAUCAAGAAGAAAGACAAGCACAAGUUCUACAAACUGUUGAAGCGCAAGAAGAUGAUGCAGGAGGAGGCCCGGCUGCUGACCAAGAAGCGGCAAGUGGUGGAGAAGGAGAUGAUGGAGAAGAAGAAGCUGCAGAAGCGGCAGCAGAAGAAGGCCUUGGCUCAGUCGUGAGGCCGCUGAAGCGAGAGCGUUUUUGACAGUGCUCCAUCGUCUUGGCAAAUGGAGCGGUGACGAGCGUUGUUAUGUGAGCGCAGCGGAGGAUAACAUGCACCAUCUCGAAUCAAUAUAAUUCCAACCAUACAA